GAAAAGGAUAAACAGGGUCACAUUGAAGAUAUCUCACUCUACCACUUAUUUCUCCAUCAAAAGAGUCCAUGUGGUUCUCUACCAUUCAGGUCUGAACAGGAUAUCUCUGGUGCCUGAGGAAGCUGAUCACUGUGAGCCCUAAUUUACCUGGGAGAGAUCCAAUGAAGAUGGGGUCAUUUUCUGCUGCCUCUACCCAUAACUGCAUCUUUAUUCUGGGUGCUAAGAGUCAAAGAAACGUCUAUUGCUAAACACGACCAGCGGUACCCCAGUUUGUCUUGAACAUCACCUUUUGAAGGAUUCUGCCCUUUAUGGCGUGUCAUGCUGGUCCUAAUGAUAUCCUGGCACUUAGGAGCAUCGAAAACCCCCCAACGGUGGAUGUAAACACAACGUGUUGACCAGGAGAAACCUCCAUUGGCUUCAGGAGCUUAGAUCAGAUUUGUGAACAUUUAGAAAAUGCAUUUACCACCAAGGAAAAAGCUUCGAUGGAACCGUGUCUUUUUCCUGCUGGCCAUGAUAUUGACUUUCUCCAUCUAUCAGUUUAUUUAUAAACCCCAAAUCCUUUCAGCCUCCUGGGGAGGAUCUCAACCUGAGGAGCAAGUGAAAGUAGCCAUCAGAGACCUUUCCAGCAACACGACUGCUGCAGCACACAAUGACACCACAACGCCCAAGAUAAGGCAAUGUGUGUAUGUGGAUCCUGAGCCAACUGUGCCCAUCUCUGUGGCAGUGAGUCCAAGCCCCCUGCCAGGAGAUGUCACAUCCAGCCACCCAGAUGAAGAGAGGCACUCUCCCACACAUGCCCCAAAAGGAGAGUACCCCGAAGACCUGUUCAGUGUGGAGGACCGCAGGAAAGGGUGGGUUAGCCUUCACAUCUUUGGUAUGAUGUAUGUGUUUGUGGCUUUGGCCAUAGUGUGCGAUGAAUUUUUUGUCCCUGCUUUGGGCGUGAUCACAGAAAAGUUGCAGAUCUCUGAUGAUGUGGCGGGAGCCACCUUCAUGGCAGCAGGUGGAUCAGCACCAGAACUCUUCACAUCUCUCAUAGGUGUCUUCAUCUCACACAGCAAUGUGGGCAUCGGCACCAUUGUGGGCUCAGCCGUGUUUAAUAUCCUUUUUGUCAUUGGUACCUGUGCCCUGUUCUCCAGGGAGAUACUCCAUCUGACCUGGUGGCCGCUGUUUAGAGACAUCUCAUUCUACAUUUUAGAUCUAUUGAUGCUCAUCGCAUUUUUCCUAGACAGUUUAAUUGACUGGUGGGAAAGCCUCAUGUUACUGAGUGCCUACAGCAUGUAUGUGAUCACCAUGAAGUGGAAUGUAUACUUUGAACAAUGGGUGAAGGAUCUGUUGAGCAAGAGGAGAAAUUUCGUCCAGGCAGCAGCUUUAGAAGUAAAAAAGAAGAAAAGUACGGGGUCCAUCCUCGAAGAUGGAGCAAAACCACCAGGAGAGAGCAAGAGGCUGCAGCUCAUGCCAUCCUUGCAGCGAGGAGGCAGCUCAGCCUCUCUCCACAACAGUCAAAUGCGUAGCACCAUCUUCCAGCUCAUGAUCCACACCCUGGACCCCCUGGCAGAAGGUGAGCAGAUGCCGCUCAACUAUACGAUCCCGUGCCCUACCCCUAUUGCAGCCAAGUUUAAAGACAAGGUUGACAUCUUGAGAAACAUGGCCAAGGCCAAGAUUGACUCUCAGCUCAAGCUAGUCACAAAGUCAGGGGAGGAAGCCCAGGUACCCAGUGCCGUGAAAGUGACCCCUGCCAGUGAUGAGGAGCCCAGCAAAGAGCAGGAUGAACAGAACGCUGAUGCCAAUGUGGAUCCUGAUGCAAAAGCAGAUGCGGAUCCAGAUGCAAAGGGAGAUGCAAAUGCAGCUCCAGAUGCAAAGGCAGAUGCAGAUGCCCCUCAGGACGAGCAGCCCUCUUCAGAGGGUGAGGGCUCAGAAGAGAGCAGCUCAGAGGAGGACAGCGAUGAUGACAGCGGGGAUGAGGAUGAUGACGACGACAAUGACGAAAACGAUGAGCCGCUCUCCCUUGAAUGGCCAGAAACCAGGAGAAAACAAGCAGUGUACCUCUUCCUCCUGCCCAUUGUGUUCCCCCUCUGGACUACCGUGCCCGAUGUUAGGAACCCGAACUCCAGGAAAUUCUUUGUCUUCACGUUUCUCGGCUCCAUCCUCUGGAUCGCCAUAUUCUCCUACCUCAUGGUGUGGUGGGCUCACCAGGUUGGUGAAACAAUUGGGAUUUCAGAGGAGAUUAUGGGCUUGACGAUCCUGGCCGCAGGGACUUCCAUCCCUGACCUCAUCACAAGCGUCAUUGUUGCUCGCAAAGGUUUGGGUGACAUGGCUGUCUCCAGCUCUGUGGGUAGCAACAUCUUUGAUAUCACUGUGGGUCUGCCAGUUCCUUGGUUCCUUUAUUCCCUCUUCAACGGAUUCAAAUCGGUUCCCGUCAGCAGCAAUGGCCUGUUUUGUGCAAUCGUUCUGCUCUUCCUCAUGCUCCUGUUUGUGAUCAUCUCAAUCGCCACAUCCAAGUGGAAGAUGAACAAGUUCCUGGGGUUCACCAUGUUUGCUCUGUACUUUGUGUUUCUUAUUGUCAGCGUGAUGCUUGAAGAUAGGAUCAUAUCCUGCCCAGUAUCUGUAUGAAGGCUGGACAAGCCAGGACACACACAUUCUUGUAAAGGAGAUCUCAGUGUACACAUAAAUGAAUGCAAGCAGGGGUUUACGGUAGCUCUGUAUUUUACUGAUUCGAAACAAACUGCCUGCAAACCCGAGCUUUACUGACCUUUUGACAAAUUCAUGCAAGUUUUGUUACCAAGAUGUUUGAAAACUAAACACUUAAAGCUUUGUCUCUAAACAACCCAACUGUGUUUCUAAGUGUCAAAGCAGCAAGCCUGAUGCACUGAGCCCUGCCAGGAUUUACACACGUGCUAUGUGCUGAGAGUGGCAGCUGACUUCAGGGUAACAUUAAUCACAAGUGUACACUUUUGCAGGAUCAGAUCCCAAAUUGAUCAUCAGACUGCUCCAUCUUAAACCUGUGAAAGUCAAUAGAGCUUCAUCCUAGCUUUCAAUGUGCAUGGGUCAGACCCCCAGGGAAGCUUUAUACAGUGAGAAGAAGUGCAGGAGAGCUAGUCAGGAACAGCAAUUCUGCACAAACGCGACAUUUUGGAAGUGGAUUAGCCUAGUGUCCAUGCAAGGAGUUACUACUGUGCUCUAAAUCUGCAUCAUAGCUAUUUCACAAGGACUUCCCCAUAGACAUUUGCCCUGAUAGUGAAGUUCAUCUCUGUGGAUAGGGCCAGUACAAGCACCUACCUGCUAGUGACCUUCUAUAUCUCCCCCAUCAAAAUAGGGCUUAAAUGGGAUCUACCUCUGAUACAGGAGCCUUAUGCUGGCCCCUCUGAACAGGGGAGGGGAUUUCACCCUGAAGAUUUUAGAGAAAGAGCAUGAAAAGCCAUGUCUGUACUUAGGAAAAGAUUGCAUUUGCCAGGUGUGGAGCAGGUCUGAAAAGCCAAUCUGCUCCUUUCUGAACACUGCAGGGUCUAAUCCUGCAGUGCAUUGGUGGAGUCCAGCAGAAACCACUGGGGCCCUGCAUGGACAGAAGAGGUUGCGAACGCAGCUUUGCAGAUCCAGGGACUGGAACAGCAUGUGGCACAGCAGUGCAAGGCCAAGAAAGCAGGAAGUGACACUGUUCCACAAGAGGAAGCUGAAAUGCUCCCAUUUGCUUUUCACUCCCGGACACCAACUUCUGACACUUACAGCAUUUGCAUCCAGCGCCCGCCCCUGCUGUUAACACGAAUGUCUUUUGCAGAACCAUGCUAUGCGAUUACUGUUCAUGUAACUGGCAUCCACCAUAAAUCAAUUAACCUGUAUGGUUUAAAGUUACCAAAUGCCUCAGUUAAACAGUAGCAUAGUGAAACAUUACAGGCACUUCUGUCAUUCUUAAGCCAUUUAAUAAAAUUUAAAUGAAAAUAACCAUAUUGAGAUAUUUUAGUUUUUUAUUGGAUUUAUUGUAAAACUCUGAAUAGAUCCAUUUUAUCUUUUUGGAUGAGACAGAAAAAGUUUUUUUCCCCCCAUCAUUGUGAACAUUGACCUAUGUACUUUAAAUGAACUACAAUCCAAAAUAAACCUCCAACAUACUGAUGUUUUUGGUAAAUACAGUGUAAACGUUACAUA